ACUUUCUCUAAACUCUAAAACCCAACUCUCAAAGCAUCUUGUUUUGAGAAUUCUAGUUGGAAAAGUUUAGGUUUUUUUGUUGAAUCGAACCCAGUUUAGUUUAUAUUCAAUGGCGUCCUCGGGACCAAAAGAAUCAGCUGCCAAUAACCCUGGCCUCCAAACUCCCCCUGAAAUCGCCAAAGGCUACUUCAUGCAGCAAACUUGUUUUCGAAUUAAGGAUCCAAAAAUCAGUCUUGAUUUUUACUCUCGCAUAUUGGGCAUGUCGUUGCUUAAGAGAAUUGAUGUUCCAGACUUGAAGUUUACCUUGUACUUCAUGGGCUAUGAGGAUGUUUCAACAGCUCCAAGCGACCCGAUUGAUAGAACAGCUUGGACCUUUACGAAACCGGCUACCAUAGAACUAAACCAUUUUAAUGUUUCCUACAGCAAAUGGGGUACCGAAAGUGACACCGAGUUCAAAGGAUACCACACUGGGAAUUCAGAACCUUUAGGCUUUGGGCAUCUUGGCAUCAGUGUGGAUGAUACAUUCAAGGCAUGUGAGAAGUUUGCAAGGCAUGGAGUAGAGUUUGUCAAAACACCAGAGGAUGGGUAUGCAUUAAUCAAAGAUCCCGAUGGUUAUUGGAUCGAAAUCUUUGAUUUGGUUAAUAUCAUAAACGUGGUUAAGGGUUUUGCCUGAGUUAGCGCUUCACAAAGUUCAGGUGUUGAUGCCAGGAAACGAGGAUGGCAUAUGUUACAGGUUUCAUUCAUUUCGGUUCAACGGUGUGUAGUCCUAUACAUCAUCUUCUGCUUUCCGGAACUUGUCGAUGGAAGAACUCGGUGAAAUAUUAUAUGUAUAUUUUAUUCAAGUAUAUGUAUUCUGCAAGUCUGAUAUGUAUAUACCAGACAGGAUAAAGUGAAAAUAAAUAGUUUUGUAGGAGAAACUGAACCUUGAAAUUUAAUAAAAUCAGCUUAAAUUUCCUAAAAUUGCAGGUCUGUGUAUCAUGUAUG